CAUCUUUUCUCUGCUUGUGUUCUAUAUUGUGGAUCUUCAGUCUGGAUACAUUCAUUAGAGAACAACAUUUCAAAUUAUUUUAUAUUAAUUAGAAUAUUUUGACUUCAUGCUCUUUGUCGAGUUUGGUUUCACUAAUAAUAAACAUUUGCAUAAAGCAUCGAUAUUUGUCAGUGCACAUGUUGCUUAGAACAUUAAAAACAAAGUAUUAAUAUGUGGUACAUAUUGAACAGAUAGAAAUGUGUGAUUGAAUUGCGAUUCAAUAUUUUAAGCCCUUAUUUUACGAUGAAGUGAGGUUCAGUUACCAGCGUGACACUAAAACAGGUAGUAAUAAUCACUACUUUUUACUGAAGAACAUCUCAGAGCUCAAGCUGCAACAUGGUUUAGGGACCUAAAACUAUUUAUACUAAAUAACCUUGGGAGCAGUGGUUCUGCUUUGGAAUGUGUGGUUGUAGGAUAUACAUGUAAUUAUAAUAAUGAAUAAUUAUAAUAAUAUAAUAAUAUAUACAAUAAUUCAUUUUAAGGUAAUUUUGUUUUUGACAGAAAUCAUUUUGUAUUUUUUUCUCUUCGGUUUGUCUACCAUGAGGCUAUAAUCUAAAUUCACUGAUGUACAAAAUAUUGUCAUUGAAACAUGUUAAUUUCUGUCCAACUUUUUUUUUUUAUAUUUUGAAGAUGCAGUAUAGUACCACACACACACACACACACACACACACACACACACACACACACACACACACACACACACACACAGAGAGAGAGACACAUGAACAAAAGCUUUAUCAACCAUCAGUGACAUAAAAACACUUAUUCUUUUGGCUGCUCCCAUUAGGGGUCUCCACAGCAGAUCAUCCAUCUCCAUCCCCCCGUCCUCUAUCUCUGCCUCUUUCAAACCAACUACCAGCAUGUCUUCCCUCUCACACAUCCAUAAACCUCCUCCUUGAUGUUCAUCUUUUACUUCUUCCUGGUGUCUACAUCCUCAGCAUUCUCCUACUGAUAUACCCCAUGUCCCUCCUCUGCACACUGUCCUCAUACAUGUCCUGCACCACCCUCACAUACUUCUGACACACCCCACUUCCUCAUACAAUAAGCGACAUAAAAACACAAUUUUGUGCAGACGUGUGAACAAUGUCAUGCAUUUCGUUACUUUGUACCUGCACUAUACAAUGACAAUAAAGUUCUAUCUAUCUCUCUCUCUCUCUCUCUCUCUCUCUCUCUCUCUCUCUCUCUCUCUCUCUCUCGCGAUCUAUCCAUAUAUCUAUGGUGUGUAACACCAACCUGAUGUCUAAAUAUUUACAGAAUUAUGGUAUGGGUGUGUUGUGUAGAAGUGGUGUUGUGUGGCUGCAUGUGUUUAACACAAACUUGUGUUGCUCACUUUAUAGAGCAGAAAUGUGCCUAUAAAUAUCAGUCGACACGGUGACACAACACAUUCAUGACUACAGACAUUUUCAGAUGUGUAAUUACUAACCAGAUUAUUAAGUUUAUUAACAGUGAGGUUUAGCAAAAGUAAAAAUAAUUAAUAAUUUGUCAGGAUGCCUUUAUGCUUUAUUUGAUUCAGAGUGAACAAUCUGCUUUAUUUGUAUAAUAAUUUGUAUACAUAAUGAUGUUCUCCUGUUCAUUUUGUUCGUUUAUGAAUCAUCAGAGAAUCAGUAAACAUGUUGGAACAGCUGAAACCAAAUUCCUUGUGUGUCAACACACUUGUCCAAUAAACUUUGAUAAAAGCCAGUCAGCUCCUAAACAGAUGGAAUUCAUUUAAACCUCACACCCAAUCAAACUAUUUUGAUUACCAUGUUUUUUUGUAAACAAUUUCAGAACUAGUUUUAGUGUUUUAGAAAGAGGAAAGUCUUCAUUAGUCGUUAAAAAGAGGAAGUGACUCAGAUAUUCAGACAUCUAGCGGAAGUUUAUUCCACUACAUCAGUGCUACAACAGAGAAGAGGUACACCUACCUUGAUGUACACCUACCUCAUAUCCUGCGAGAAGUUGGGACCAGUCGAGCAGUGCUGGAAGAUCUCAGGCAGCAUGCUGCAGUGUGAGGAGUUAUCAGAUCUUUGAGGUGAAGAUGAUGGAGCUGAAGAGAAGUUACAAUUGCAGGAGAAAGAGCUGGAAGCUGAGAGUGGCUGCUUUGAUCACCAUGACAAGUCUGUUUGUGUUCAUGAUCCUGCGAUUUAACAACCAGAACAACAAAUCACAAAACACGCUUAGCAAAACAAAAUCUAAUUCAGAACAUCUGGCAUCUCCAGAUGUGCUCCUGAGUUCUACCUACAAAUGUGAGACAAACUUGUCUGCAUCAAACAUCUCCGGCUUUUCCACUUUCCCAAAGCGCACCCAAGACUUCCUGUUUUACCGGCACUGUCGGCAUUUCCCCAUGCUGCUCAACGUUCCCGGGAAGUGCGGUGGUCCUGAGAACUCUGCUGAUGUUUUUCUGCUGCUGGUCAUCAAAAGUUCUCCACCUAACUACGAAAGGCGAGAGGUUCUGCGCAAAACGUGGGCGUCCGAGAGACUUGAGAAUGGUGUCUGGAUCCGCACUGUGUUCUUAUCUGGAACUACAGGACAGAGCUUCGAGAAGGAACGACUGAAUAAACUCUUGGAGAUGGAGAACCGUGAGAACCAGGACAUUAUUCAGUGGGAUUUUGAAGAUUCCUUUUAUAACCUCACACUGAAGCAGGUCUUGUUCCUGGAGUGGAUGGAGAAGUUCUGCCCAGAUGUGCACUUUCUCCUUAAUGGAGAUGAUGAUAUUUUUGCCAACACAGACAACAUGGUGCAGUAUCUCAAAGGGUUAGAUGAUAACGAUGGAAGUAAACACCUGUUUACUGGAGCCGUAAACCUGUUAAUGGAGCCGAUCCGAGAACCUGGCAGUAAAUACUACGUCCCUGUCCAAAUCUAUGCAUUAGACAGUUAUCCUCCAUACUGCGGAGGAGGCGGCUUUCUGUUGUCACGUUUUACUUCUAGAAUCAUCUACAACAUGUCUCACUCCAUCGCUCUGAUCCCCAUAGAUGAUGCUUACAUGGGAAUGUGUCUGGAAAAAGCUGGACUUAAACCCGUUUUCCAUAUUGGAGUGAAGACCUUCGGCCUGUACAUCCCCUCUGACAAGCUGGACUUGUACGAUCCGUGCUACUACCGUGAGGUUCUCCUGGUCCACAGGUUUCUUCCACACCAAAUCUUUAUUAUGUGGCAUGAAAUUCAUCGGGAAGAUUUGGUUUGUGGAAGGAAAGGAUUUUCCGAGCAGAUUGUCACCAUGUCCAAGAACUGAAUGGAGAACUGGCAGGAAGCACAAAACUUUCAGACACUGUUUAUUCUCAGAAAUCAAACUAGAUAGAUAGAUAGAUAGAUAGAUAGAUAGAUAGAUAGAUAGAUAGAUAGAUAGAUAGAUAGAUAGAUAGAUAGAUAGAUAGAUAGAUAGAUAGAUAGAUUUUUUAUUGUCAUUGCACAGGGUAAAACAAAAUGAAGUGUCAGUCCUUAUGGUAGAAGUCUGUGAAUUGUGUAAACAUAAGUGCAUGUAAAGCAAAUAUUUCCAAGAAUUUUCUGAUGGUGUUUCUUUAUAUUCAGUUCUCUAAUUUUCUAAGGUAGAAGGAAAUUUUCCUGGAUGUUCCUGUUUCUGCAUGAUGUGAUGCAUCUGAAGCGUCUCUGCAUAGCAGCAGGAGCUGAAUAGUUCUUCCAGGGAGUGCAAUAAGCAGCUGAUGAUUUUUUAAAAGGUGUUGAUAAUUCUCUGAACGGCUUUCCUCUCUGCUGCGGAUCAUCUGGUGUACCAUACGGUGAUACAGUACGUCAGAAUGCUCUCAAUAGAGCAGCGAUAGUGAGACAACAGCAAAUCCUCAUGGAACUUGUUUUAAUUAGGAGUCCUCAGGAAGUCGAGUCACCAUGUGCGCUGUAUACCAAUGCUGUAGUGUUUCUAGACAGUUGGGACUACUUCAGCAUAUAUGUACUCAAGAACCUGAAAGUGAAGACCUUUUCCAAACAAUCACUAUUGAUGUAGAUCGGAUAAGUACAGUGCUAUUGUAUGCAUACAUAAGUCUAUGCUAAGUUCCUUUGUUCCUUUGGUGUUUAGAAUGUUUUCAGUGCAACACACACAAACCUGCACAUUGUACUGUUUUAAAAUAUAUCAACUGCUUUUUUUUUCUGACCAAUCACAAGCCAGAACUCCACAGGCACCUGGGAACAUAACAUGUUUUAGGGACCUAAAAGUGUUUAUACUCAAUAAUCCUGGGGUUGUUGAGGUACAUGUAACAAAAAAUAGAUUUCUUCUUUUCCUUC